CACCAUCUUCUUCUUCUUCUUCUUUUUCUUCUUCUUCUUCUCUCUCUCUCUCUCUUCCAUUCGUCAGACUUGGGACUUCUCGCUCUCCCCAUUCUUGUUCCUACGUUUUUUUUCUUCCUCCUAUCCACGGAUUUCUUAUUCCUCCCUGAUUUCCAUUCCCAGAAGGAUUCAGGUCUCAGCUUAUUUCUUCAUGUAUUUACCAUUCCCUCCUCUCUAGGAACUCUGUUUCUUUUCCUUCAGGUUUCCUGAUUCCUGGCGUAACUCUACAAGAAAUACAUACCCAUUCAUCUUUCUCAUAAUAUUCCAGCUUUCCCGCAUUCUUCAUUUUCUCGGACAACACCGAAAUGUUCUCCCGAUUCUUCAAAUCCAAAUUCUAUAAGAAAAGCAAAUCAUGCCUGAACACUACGAAAUUGAGGGUUGAGAUUAUACAGAGGAAGAGGAAUGCAGUGCAGGAGUUCCUGAAGAACGAUAUUGCUGAAUUUCUGAGGCGUGGCCUCGACUAUAAUGCUUAUCAAAGGGCUGCAGGGCUUCUGAUGGAAUAUGACAAAUCGCUGUGUUACGAACUGAUUGAUAAGUAUAGUGAAUGCGUCUUAAAUCAUCUUGACGAUCUAAAUAAGCAGAGGGAUUUGCCGGAUGAAUGCAAGGAAGCUAUACAGACAUUGAUAUACGCUGCUGCAAGAUUUGGUGAUUUGCCAGAAUUACGUGAACUCAGAGCUCUCUUGAGACAGAAAUAUGAGAAUUCUUUUGAACCUUACUUAAGCAAAGAGUUUGUAACGAAGUCGAGGCAAGAUCUUCCUACAAGGGAAACCAAGAUUCAGUUACUGUAUGAUAUAGCAGGAGAGUUUUCUCUACAAUGGGAUGGCAACGCUUUGAUUCAGCAAAUUCAUAGACCACCUUCGAUGUGUGAAGGGAGGAGUAGAGAUGAAGAAUUGAGCAAGAACGAGGAUGGAAGCAACAGAGGAGGAGAAGAAGGGAGAGACUCGCCAUCUCAAGGAAGGAAUGAGGAUGUUAAUAAUGUUACUAUUAUUGACAGUGGCGAUGAAGAUGAGUCAACAACAAGCACAGACUUGUCGUCCCGAGAUGGCAAAAAGGCUUCGAGUUCAAGUUCAUCAGCAAGUUUUUCUGAAGACAAUGACGACGAAGCAGAAAAGAGACCAUUUUCCCGUGGAAUCGUUCCUCCCCCUUACCUCAUACCAAAACCUAAUCAUGAUAAAGUUGAAGCCAAUUUGCAGAAUGAAGAAAAGCCUAAGCCUAAGCCAAAGGCAAUAUCAGUUAGAACGAUACGAUCUGGUCCUCCUGCCGGACAUGUUCAUCCAAAGCUACCAGAGUCCGAUGACUUGGCCACUCAACUAGCAUCUAUCAGACAGCGAUAAAACAAACAUCUCUUAGCUAUAUAUACUGAUUUCCUCGCUGAUGAAUAUUAUCAUUUGCUUCAUAAAACUAGUUAGUCAUCACAUGUUUGUUUGAUUCA